AUGUUGAGAUCUCUUUAUAUUAUGUUUUUUUCUCUAUGGACAUCUAAUGGUUUACAAUCGCCUUUGUAUGAUACAGAUCCAUUUGGAUUUGACUGCUUGCAUUAUUUUUCAUCAAAAUCAUCCUUUUCUGGAAUAGUCAAAUAUUGUAUUCGUCCAAAUAACGACAAGAAUUUGACAAAAGUAAUUCAUUUUAUUAAUAUAUCUGAUGAAUAUUUUACUUUUAAUGAAUUAUAUCAUCGAAAUAUUACCUCAGAUGAAAUUCUUCGAUGGUCGUCAUCGAUUGAUGUUGCUGAACAAUAUCAAUAUUAUCUCGAUCAACCAUUUCAAUCUAAUUUAUCGGAUCAAAUUUUUCUUAAUUGUACAUCUCCAUGGCGUGGAUCUCGAUGUCAAUACGCAUUAAAAUUAAAUGAAGAUGAAUUCGUUCGAAAUUCUUUUGAAAUGACUUCGACAGAUAAUAUAUUUCAACAAACCUGUUACAUUCAUUUAAAAUGUGACCGUGGUGGUCCAUUGAUUUGUCUCGACUGGCGUGAGAUAUGCAACGGUCGAAUCGAUUGUCUAAAUGAUGGUAUUGAUGAAACUGGAUGUUUCAAUUUAGAAAUGAAUGAAUGUAAUGAGAAUGAGUAUCGAUGUCAUAAUGGAUUAUGUAUUCCAAAAAAAUUUCUAAAAAUGGAAUUUGCAGACGCACAAUGUCUUGACGGAUCGGAUGAAAUUGUUAAGAACAAUCAUCUUCUGGAAGCUAAUUAUCGACCACAUCUAUUCGAAUGUCAAGAAUAUGUAUGUGGACCUGACGAAGGUCAAUUUACGUGUGGUGAUGGACAAUGUGUAGAAGAUUUUGGUCAGUGUCAAAAUAAUCGGCAUUUAGCAUUGACUCAAUCAAUUAGUGUUCAAGGAAAUUUAUCCUAUUCAUGUUGGAUAGUUAUGCUUUGUCUUAGCAAAAUCAUGACUAAAAUCGGAAAUAUAACAUGUGAUCAGUUCAUACAAUCUUCUAAAAUUAUUGAAGAAUUUAAAAAUUGUACGUUUCCUCUUGAAUUUCCCGUUAUUCCUGUACUCUUUGGUCAUGUACGAUUUUUAUAUGAUCGAAAAGAAAUUGACAAUAUUAAUACAACAUUAGCCCUUAAACCUGAUUAUGUUUGUUAUGAUGAGCAAUUAUGUGAUUUUCUCACACCUACAUUUCGUCAUAAAAACUUCACUUGUCGAUACGGGAAUCAAACAGGCCUUGACCUGAAUGUCGAAUUAACUACAUGGAAAUCUAUCAUCGACUCAGUCAAACCAUACUUUAUUGGUUGUAUCAAUCAACGUUAUCAGAACAUCAGUUCCCAUUAUUCAUCAUUAUAUCAUUGUAAGAAUUCGUCAAAAUAUAUCUCUAAAUAUCGAAUCGUGGAUGGUAUACCAGAUUGUUUUUUAAAAGAUGAUGAACAAGUAUUUGAAUUGAGUUGUUUAUUAAAUCAAACACUUCGAUUUCAAUGUCCAAAUGAGAAACAAUGUCGUUCACUUUUAAUGUCACCAAAUAUCUGCUCUCGUCCAAUAGAAAUAAGUUAUGACGAAAUUUUAUUUUAUCAAAUAUGUGAUCGUAUCACGGAUUUGCCUUUGAUAUUGAUUAAUGGACGAAAUCAUUCAGAUGAGACUGAUUGUGAAGAUUGGCAAUGCAAUAAUAUCUAUACACGAUGUGAUGGUUUUCGAAAUUGUUUUGAUGGAGAGGAUGAAGAACAUUGUGUGGAACCAACCACAUUAAGUCAUUUCUUGUUCUGCACUUCACCGCAGAAUUAUACACAGAUGUGUUUACCACUCAGCCAAGUUAUUGAUGACACCGUCGUUUGCUUUGGAACAUCAUUCGAUGAAUUUCAAUACUUUCAAACGAAUAAAUUUCUUUGCUCGAAUCACACGAAAUGUGUAGAUGAUGAUCAAAAUCCUUGCAAUAAAAACCAAGAUUGUAUAGAGUAUGAUAACUAUCAGUUGUGUGUUGACCGUCUACAAUUAUGCAAUGGCUAUGCUCUAGAUAAUCUUAGUGAUAUGCGAGACAUUUCAUGCCGAAUUAUUAAUAUAGAUGAUAAGUAUUUUUUAUUAGAUACUGCAUUAGUUUAUCCAACCUCACAAACUAGUCCAACUUAUUCUAUGAAAAACCAGAUCACGGACGAAAAGACAGAACUGCCGAUUAGAAAUAUCAUACAGCCAGAUGUUUGUAAUUAUGGUUUACAUAUGUAUCAUCGACUUGGAAUCGGCAAUUACAGUAGUCUCUGUUUUUGUCCACCAAACUAUUAUGGUGAUCAAUGUCAGUAUCAAAAUCAACGUGUUAGUUUAACUCUCGUAUUGGCAACAGUUCAUCAACCGAUUGUCUAUGCUAUUAUUGUUACCUUAAUCGAAGAUGAUAACGACAGACAAGAAAUUCAUUCGUACCAUCAAUUUACUUAUGAAUCAAAAACAUUUUGUGGUCAAACUGUAGAUGUUUAUCUAUUAUAUACAACACGAGACAAGAAUAAUUCAAAAAACUAUAGCAUUCGUAUUGACACCUUUGACAAGAGUUCAAUGACGCAUCUAUUAAGUUGGCAUUUAACGAUUCCAUUUAUUUUUUUACCAGUUAAUCGAUUGAGUGCUUUUUUGACUAUUCCAAUUUCUCGAUCAUUCAAUUUUAAUCAUUGUAAUCUGCAAUGUUAUAAUGGUAUUUGCAUGAAAUAUCAUAAUGAAGAACGAUACUUCUGUCAAUGUGAUUCAGGUUGGUCCGGUGCACAAUGUCAUAUUCCAAUCGAUUGUAGUAUGUGCGCACCAAAUUCAAUCUGUAUUGGUUCGAUUCAGAAUCGGUCAAUAUGUGUUUGUCCUCAAGAUAAGUUCGGUUCAUUUUGUCGUCUUAAACUAAGGUGUCCAGUAGGAUUCUGCGAAAAUAAUGGCCGCUGUGUCGUAAUCGAUGAGAGAAUGAUUGAUGAAAGUUAUGUAUGCUUUUGUUCAGAACAAUUUCAUGGACCAAGAUGCGAAAACGUCAAUCAUAGAAUAGAGAUUUCUCUUAAGAAUAUUGACAUUCCAUCACACUUACUUGUCUAUAUCUACAAUCAGAUUAGUUUUGAACAAUCAAUACCAACAUCUAUUAUACUCAAAAAAAUGACUAUGUUUCAGAAUCAUGUUAUUUUAUACUCUCAACGUAUGUUCAAAAUGAUUCUUGUCAAAAUUGAUACUCGUUUUUAUUUAGCUGUACUUCAAAAAGACGAACGAUCUAACAUAACAACAUCGAUUAGUCUUGCACAACGAUGUGCUUCCGUUGAUGAAGUUUUGAAUACUAAAUUAGUUUCGUUGCCACGAAUUCAACGAUUGAAAAGUUAUCAUAUUCCAUGUCAACGUGAUUUUAAUUUGCAAUGCUUUGUGGAUGAAUUUUACAUGUGUCUAUGCACAGAAGAACAUCAUAGUAAUUGUUUUCCAUUAGAUCAUCAAUCGAGUUUUAUCUGUGAAGAUAAUGUUUAUUGUGAAAAUGGUGGAACAUGUUUACAAGAUCGACCUAUAUGUUUUUAUAGUAUUCUAUGUAUAUGCAGCGAUUGUUUCUUUGGUGAUCGAUGUCAGUUUUAUGCUAAGGGUAUUGGAUUAACAUUAGAUGAUUUAUUACGAUAUGAAAUUCGACCUAAUAGUACAUUAAAUGAUCAAUCAUUGGUAGUUAAAUUAAGUGCAACAUUUGUCAUGAUUAUUUUUCUCAUUGGUUUAAUCAAUGGUUUUCUUAGUUAUUUAGUUUUCCUUAAUCGUGAUUCUCGUAAAGUAGGAUCUGGAAUUUAUCUUCGAUUAUCAUCAAUUAUUUCUAUUCUGAUUGUUAUUAUGUUAACUAUAAAGUUCUGGUUUGUAUUAGAUACGUAUAUGAAUCCAUUGAUCAACCGUAAUAUUCUUCGAGUUGGAUGUUUAGUAUUUGAACCUUUACUUCGUCUUUUCUUAAAUAUGAGUAAUUGGCUUAACACUUGUGUGGCUAUAGAAAGAGCAAUAUCAGUCUUGCAAGGAAUCAAUUUUAACAAACAAAGAAGUAAAUGUAUUGCACGAUGGAUACUUUUCCUCUUACCAUUUAUUAUUUUGGGUUCAAUGAGUUAUGAACUCAUUUAUCGUGAUUUAUAUGAUGAUCAUGAAGAACAACGUGUUUGGUGUAUACUUCAGUAUUCUCAAUCAGUUGAAAAAUAUACUACAAUUAUUCAAUAUUUCCAUUUUGUUGCUCCUUGUGCAAUAAAUUUAUUCUCAGCUGUUUAUAUUAUUAUAAACAUUGCGCGACAACGAACGACCACUCGAACUAAAUUUAAUUAUAGACAACAACUAGUUAAUCAAAUCAAUGAACACAAACAACUUAUUAUUAGUUCGAUUUUAUUAGCUGUUUUACUGUUUCCUCGUUUUCUUAUUUCAUUAUUAUCAACAUGUGUUAAAGCAUCACGCAAUCCUUGGUUAUAUCUUUGUGGAUAUUUCAUAUCCUUCAUUCCAUCAUCUUUCAUCUUUGUUAUAUUUGUUCUACCAUCGAGUUUUUACAAAAGACAAUUUAAACAAUCGAUUAUCACUUUACGACAACGAUUUAUGAGAAUGAUAAGACAAUGA